AUGCAGACAUACCAUGUGAAGCUGGAAAUCAAUCCCCAGAGGUGUGGUGGUGGUGGUGGUGGUGGUGGUGCAUGUGACAAAAACUGUAAAAAGAACUCACGGAUAACUGAAGGCAUCAGGAUCUCUAGUAUUAGGAAGAGGAAACUGCACAUGCAAGCAAAGAACAACCAUGAUGCAGAGUUUGCCAACUAUGUAAACAAAUACAAAAGAAUAUUUGAGGCUGAAGAGGAGAAAGGAGGAGGAGGAGGAGGAGAAAAGAGGAGGAGGAGGAGAAAGGAGGAGGAGGAGGAGGAGAAAGGAGGAGGAGGAGGAGGAGAAAGGAGGAGGAGGAGGAGGAGAAAGGAGGAGGAGGAGGAGGAGAAAGGAGGAGGAGGAGGAGGAGAAAGGAGGAGGAGGAGGAGGAGAAAGGAGGAGGAGGAGGAGGAGAAAGGAGGAGGAGGAGGAGGAGAAAAGAGGAGGAGGAGGAGGAGGAGAAAGGAGGAGGAGGAGGAGGAGAAAAGAGGAGGAGGAGGAGGAGGAGAAAAGAGGAGGAGGAGGAGGAGGAGAAAAGAGGAGGAGGAGGAGGAGGAGAAAAGAGGAGGAGGAGGAGGAGGAGAAAAGAGGAGGAGGAGGAGGAGGAGACAAGAGGAGGAGGAGGAGGAGACAAGAGGAGGAGGAGGAGGAGACAAGAGGAGGAGGAGGAGGAGACAAGAGGAGGAGGAGGAGGAGACAAGAGGAGGAGGAGGAGGAGACAAGAGGAGGAGGAGGAGGAGACAAGAGGAGGAGGAGGAGGAGACAAGAGGAGGAGGAGGAGGAGACAAGAGGAGGAGGAGGAGGAGACAAGAGGAGGAGGAGGAGGAGACAAGAGGAGGAGGAGGAGGAGACAAGAGGAGGAGGAGGAGGAGACAAGAGGAGGAGGAGGAGGAGACAAGAGGAGGAGGAGGAGGAGACAAGAGGAGGAGGAGGAGGAGACAAGAGGAGGAGGAGGAGGAGACAAGAGGAGGAGGAGGAGGAGACAAGAGGAGGAGGAGACAAGAGGAGGAGGAGACAAGAGGAGGAGGAGACAAGAGGAGGAGGAGACAAGAGGAGGAGGAGACAAGAGGAGGAGGAGACAAGAGGAGGAGGAGACAAGAGGAGGAGGAGACAAGAGGAGGAGGAGACAAGAGGAGGAGGAGACAAGAGGAGGAGGGGAAAAGAGGAGGAGGGGAAAAGAGGAGGAGGGGAAAAGAGGAGGAGGGGAAAACAGGAGGAGGGGAAAACAGGAGGAGGGGAAAACAGGAGGAGGGGAAAACAGGAGGAGGGGAAAACAGGAGGAGGGGAAAACAGGAGGAGGGGAAAACAGGAGGAGGGGAAAACAGGAGGAGGGGAAAACAGGAGGAGGGGAAAACAGGAGGAGGGGAAAACAGGAGGAGGGGAAAACAGGAGGAGGGGAAAACAGGAGGAGGGGAAAACAGGAGGAGGGGAAAACAGGAGGAGGGGAAAACAGGAGGAGGGGAAAACAGGAGGAGGGGAAAACAGGAGGAGGGGAAAACAGGAGGAGGGGAAAACAGGAGGAGGGGAAAACAGGAGGAGGGGAAAACAGGAGGAGGGGAAAACAGGAGGAGGGGAAAACAGGAGGAGGGGAAAACAGGAGGAGGGGAAAACAGGAGGAGGAGAAAACAGGAGGAGGAGAAAACAGGAGGAGGAGAAAACAGGAGGAGGAGAAAACAGGAGGAGGAGAAAACAGGAGGAGGAGAAAACAGGAGGAGGAGAAAACAGGAGGAGGAGAAAACAGGAGGAGGAGAAAACAGGAGGAGGAGAAAACAGGAGGAGGAGAAAACAGGAGGAGGAGAAAACAGGAGGAGGAGAAAACAGGAGGAGGAGAAAACAGGAGGAGGAGAAAACAGGAGGAGGAGAAAACAGGAGGAGGAGAAAACAGGAGGAGGAGAAAACAGGAGGAGGAGAAAACAGGAGGAGGAGAAAACAGGAGGAGGAGAAAACAGGAGGAGGAGAAAACAGGAGGAGGAGAAAACAGGAGGAGGAGAAAACAGGAGGAGGAGAAAACAGGAGGAGGAGAAAACAGGAGGAGGAGAAAACAGGAGGAGGAGAAAACAGGAGGAGGAGAAAACAGGAGGAGGAGAAAACAGGAAAAAGGUGUACUGA